AUGUCAUCCGAAUCAAGUGUCUUUGACUUUGAAAAACAUGGCAGUGAUAAUGCCAUGACAAUUAAUAAUAAUACCCACCACCAAAAUGAUAAUGAUGAUAACCAUCACUACAUUGAUGGCCAUCGAGUGGCUCGUGUCAGAACAUCAUCUACAGAUGAUAACAUUAUACAAAUUGGGAAUACCAUGUUCCAUCGUCAUGAACUAAUUGCUGCCUUUGGAGGUAAUUUUAAUCCAGGUUUAGCUGUUGCCCCAUCUCAUAAAUUUGCAAACCCUUCACCACUUGGUCUUUCUGCUUUUGCACUCACAACUUUAUGUCUAUCACUUGUUAAUGUCCACGCAAGAGGUGUAUCUAAUGCAUCAGGAGUUAUUGGUUUGGCAUAUUUUUAUGGUGGUUUUAUUCAACUACUUGCAGGGAUGUGGGAAGUUGUUGUUGAAAAUACAUUUGGUGCUACUGCACUUUCUUCCUAUGGAGGAUUUUGGUUAGCAUGGGGAGCUCUUGAAACUGAUGCUUUUGGAAUUAAGGCAGCAUAUUCUGAUUCUAAACAAUUUGAAUCAAUGGUGGGAUUUUUCUUACUUGGAUGGUUUCUAUUUACUUUUAUGAUGUUAUCCAUGACUCUUAAAUCAACAGUUGCCUUUUUUUCACUCUUUUUAUUUCUAGACUUGACUUUCCUUAUGCUUACAGUGGGGAAAUUAGCAGACAGUGCAAAUUGUAGCAAGGCUGGUGGAUACUUUGGUAUUAUCACAGCUAUUGUUGCUUGGUAUAAUGCAUAUGCUGGUUUGGCUAACCAUGAAAACUCUUACUUUCUUCCCAAGGUUAUUUACAUGCCAGGAACUGUCAAGUUGUAA